AUGCCCUCCCUCACUCUAACCGACCCGGACAUGAUCCUGCCGUAUGACGGUAGCGAGCGCGAAUCUUCUACUCCCUCCCCGCCCUCCCAGCUCGUCUACCUAUCGAAUCUGAAUGCCCGGUACAACUCGUCAGACCCCCAUGCCGGCUCCAGUGUAGGCAGCUCUGGCAACCGGGCCAAGAAGAAUUUUUCGCGCAAUGCCUGGACCCACGAGGACGUCACUCCCAACCCCAGACGCUUGUCUGAUAUCGGAGAGGAGCUGUCGCCUGCGCGUUUGGGAGGGUUUGAUGAGGAGGAGACGGGUCAGGAUCAGGGGUUGGUGGAUAUGGUAGCUACUGACGCGAAGGAUAAUGCGUGGAGUAGUUCCAGCUCCACGGUUAGUGCGGGGAGUACACGUCCGCGAGAGGUGAACUCACCAGCGACUGUUCGCGAGGUGUCGCCUGUUCAGAACGAGAAUGCGAUCGGCAUGUCCAGUGCUGAGAAUGAGGAGGUUAAGAAGGUGCUGUCGCCCGAAAGUGGUGCCAAUUUGUCGGGUAGUCCUAUUGCCAUUGCCACGGCUGCUGCUACGGGCAAAGGUCCUGGAGAGGAUUACGCCACGGCAAUCUUGAGUAGCGAAGCGGAGAGGAUUCUGGAGAAUGCAAAGAAACGGUUGACGCUCAUGGAAGGCAAUUUGAAUCGCGCUCGUUCUACUACGCGCCUUACACCGUCGCCGUCACCCUCGGCGCCUGGGAAUAUUCAGCCUCUGGGCGCGCAUAAGCCAGCUGGUGGACUUUAUCAGUCAAUUUCUCGAGCUGAUCGCAGGCCCUCCACGCUGCGACGGCAGUCGUUCGUGUCCUCGCAGGACUCGUCUACUAACAGACAUUCGCGGGUGCACAGCGACACGAACUUUCCCCCUGAGUCGAGUCUGUCAAAUGAUAAGAAGCAAUUAUCGCGCUCCGUCAGUGCUAUGGGCGCCAGUACCUCGUCAUUCCACCAUGAUGAGCGCUCAUUCCAAUAUGAGCCUACUCGCGCAUAUUUAACGCACCGGUCGUCGAUCUCAUCUAUCAAACCGCCUUAUUCAGAGUCGCCGCAACCUGCAGACUCGCCGCGGCUUAUAGAAUCCCCCGUGCCUGAAGAGAGUAGCCCAACGGACUCGCCAACGGGACUGGGCAUCUCGGCAGAUAACGAGUCAAACUCCAGCCCAGGAGAUUUCAGUCCUGUUUAUAGUACUGUCGGCCCACAAAGCCGUGCGCAGUCUCAGCUGCAGGUGCGCGACUUGCAAUACCAAAUGAAAGGCCUUCACAUCAAGAUCUCAUCUCUCAAGGUUCGGACCCAGGAGGACAAUAUGCGUCGCCGAAGUCUGCAAAGCUUACGUACGCCGAGUCCGUUGACGCAAGCCGAUGCCUGGUAUGCUAAUGCCCUCGAAAUGAGAGAGGGACAAAGCAGUCGUGGAUCAAAUGGCCGACGCGAUGUAAGCUCAGAGUAUGCUCGCGAGGCUCGUUCCUCUAACGAGCAAUUGGACGCAGUCAAGCGAUCUGAGCGGACUGAGGAAAGCCCCAUAGACCAUAAUCGCACGAGCCUUUCUCAGGCUCCAGAUGCCUGGCCUAGUUCAGGAACUGGAACUUACGGCGACGGACGACAGUCCGUUGCUGAGAGUCUGUACGAAGAUGCCGAGGAAGGGGACUUUGAGGAUGGUGAUAUCGACCGUGAGGCGUUGGACGAAAUCCUGCGGGAGCCGCUUGAUGAAGACCUCCAGAGCCUUGACGAUUUCCCUGGUGUUGAUACCCGACCCCACGAAGAGCGUGAAGAUGCAUUUGACUAUGAACACUUCAUUCUCCACAGUGCCCUUGGCAACUACUCCCGCCAGGUGCGGCGUCCAAGCCAAAGCUCUCGUGGUUCAGUCGAGACGACGCGGCCCAGUCGGUCGGUGCGACACUCACGCACCAACAGUUCCAUGUCCGUCUCGACAGUUGCCACGUUUGCGACAGCCAACGAGGGAGACAUCCCAGAAGAGGAAGAGGAUGAUUUGUUAUAUUGGGACCGGAAGUUCAACCAUGAACUGCGACAUCGCCAUUCACAAAGCCGCCAGGCUCAACACAUCAAUACUGAUCGUUCUGAAACUCCCCGAGGUGUUCGGGACGACCCAGAUGGCUCUGCCACUCCCGUUGAAGAACAGCUGACCCCACGUCGCGUGGACGUGACUGGUCGUUCCUCAUCUGCUACCACCGGCUCCGCGACCCCAACUUCUCUCGUGUCGUCUCUCGUUUCAACUGUGCGGGCAGCUUCCAGUCCGCACCCAGGCUCCGUGACUCCAACCUCGGCUGGCGGCAUCAAUGAUGAUGAUACCCAGAUGCUAGAGCAACUGUUUUCGAGUCUGGGCAACGUCUGCAUGGAUCUCCAGGCGAUCACGACCUCUCCAGAUCCCGACUUGAAGGCCGCUCGAGUCCUUCGACGACGACUGGAUGCUGCACGGAGAGUGUUGGACGGAGAACUGGAUACCUAA